UGCUUCCCCCCCCCCCUCUCUCCCACUUCAUACCUCACAUUACCCACCACUACACAAGGCUGUUCUGCCGGUGCCUGUGUCAUGCAUGUAGUUCCUGAUGUCUUGCCAGCCUCAUAUUGAAGUUGGAUCUGUUAUAGGAUGUUAGCCACACAGGUAAUAGUGAACUCAAGAGAUUCUUGUUUUGUUCAGCGAGAUGUUACAUUGCAGUGUAAACGUAUUCAACAAAUAAAAAGUGUUGUUUUAACUUUUUUUUUUUUUUUUUGGCUUUAUCUGGUUGGAACUUCAAGUGUAAUACAAGUGAUGACUUUCUUUUUUUCGUGUGGGUGUGAUUGUGUAACAUAUUUGACACCACAAUAUCGUCCAGGCCAAGUUUCACUUAAAAUAAACUCCUAAAUGUUUUAUGUGUACAAGUAGAGCUAAAAACAUGAAAAUACUGUAGGAAAAAAAAUCUAUAUUACAUCAGUCAUUUAAGAAAGAAGUAUGUCGAUUUUUUUUUUUACACUUUGAAAUAUUUCAGGUCUUUAUUGUAAUUUGUAUAACUAUGGAUAAAUUGGAAAAAAAAACUGUUUUAGACAACUUGUGAAAAACAGCAUAUUUGUAGGAAUUUGAGGGGAUGAAAAGCAUUUGGUAGGAAAAUGUGGAACAUGGAUAACUCCAGUCUUUUGAUGAUUUGAUGAGCAAAAUCCAUUCAACAAUUUGGUAGAUCUUCACGAGAAGUGAAGUGAAUUAAGAACCACUUCGUACAGACAAAUUCUGUAUACAAGCUAAAAUGUUGCAUUUCUUGUUAUCGGGUCACUCAUGAACCACAAAUGAAGUCGGAAGCAGAUAAUUUACCCAACAGUCGUGUAGAAAUUGCAUCAUUGUGCGGUGACAUGAAUGUAAAAAAAGAUUUAAGAGUGUUUCAGAUUUGCUGGAGAUGAAACCCCUUGCACUUAAAAAUAAAACAGACUUAGCUACUAAGACUUCUGGGGAAUUUGUACCUUAAAGUAAAUUAUGUAAACCUAGAGAAAUCUGUGCAUGAGAUGAGACUAAAUCAUUAAAGUUGCGCUGCUUUAAAAGCAAACCUGAUUGUGUAAUUGAAACCAUUGCACAAGCUCAGGGUGAUGUAGGAAAAGUUCCCAGUGGGGUGAAGAAAUCCAGGUUUAUUAGACUCAGUCAACAAUGUUUUGAAGCGCUAUUGUGCUUGAGUCUUGUGACUGGGAAACGGUGUGAUGUACCAAAGGUCAAUAAUGCCACCUCGUAAUGUAUGUCAUGCUCCUCGAGAUAGGUUUUUGUGGGAGUGUUUUCCACCCUGCAAAUAAUUAAUCAACAGACCUAAAGAAGGGCUUUUCCGGCUUUGUAUCAAUGGGAGUGUCUGGUGUUGCAUAUAAAGAGCAACUUGCCAACCUUGUGACUAGAAGCUGUUGUAUUCACUUCGUGUGCAGAAGAUGUUGAGCACCACUUUGUGGCUGUGUGUCGGAGUCUUCCUGUGGGGCUCUGCUUUCUGUGACGUCAAAUGCCCCGAUGGGACUACCUGUGCUGAUUCGUCGACAUGCUGCCUGACUGCUCAUGGAUAUGGCUGCUGUCCAUAUCCAAAGGCUGUGUGCUGUACUGACAAGGCCCACUGCUGUCCCUACGGAUAUCGCUGUGACCUUGCCACGCAGAUGUGUGUGAAGCAAUACCAGCCAUGGAUCAGGAUCCCGAUGGUGGAGAAAGUGGCUGCGGAGGUUCCGAGCACACCCGAUCUGUCUCUGAUCCCCUUGAAGGACGUUGAAGACGACAACGUCCCUGACCAGAUAAAGAGCACAGUCGUCUACUGUGACAACUAUUAUUAUUGUCCUGAUGGCACGACUUGCUGCAGACAUCCGAAGGGCGCCUGGUUCUGCUGUCCAUACUCACCUGGGAGAUGUUGCCUGGACGGCUACCACUGUUGCCCGUACGGUUACGACUGUGAUUUCACUUACACUCACUGCAUCAGGCAAGGCCUGGAGUAUCCGUUCAACUACAAACAAGCUCUGACUUCAGUCCCAGCCUCUUUCCUUGCAGCUGCUGAAGACCAAAACCAUGAGCAGGAGGGUUUCUGACGAUCAGCGUAAAAUUAUGGAGCCUCCUUCUCCACCACAUGCCGGAGACGGAAGACGACGACCACAGGAACACACCAAAAAUACUCAAAUCACAUUAUUCGUUUUUACUUGGCCACUUUUUUCUCUAAUGAUAGGCAAACAUUCCCAAUAAAAUCUCAUUGUGUCUCACUGUCUCGCUCAGGUUGUGUACUGAUGAUCACGACUGUCGUAUAUAAUCUUCCUGCCUUUAUGUUACUUCAGGUGAAUGUUUAGCUGCAAGGAACAAUAAAGCAUUCAUGUGACUUUC